CUGUCUCUCAUGUUUGAUAUAUUACAUACACAAUGUCACAGGUUGUUUGUUUAGCUUACAAGGGCCUUAGUAUUGCGGUUCAUGCCUGUACCAGAUGUAAAUCUUUGUGCAUUGCUCUUUAAGAAGGAACAACGUCCAUACACUCUUUUUCCUCUGCUUCUCACCUUCAAGGGACAAGAUGCGAAAACUGAAAAUCCAUUUUGCAGCUGUAGUUUUACUGGGACUGAUUAUCCAAGCUUUCAGCCAAAACUUGGACCAAUCGACAUUGGAUUACGUGGCGAACCAUCUUGACAUUCGAUAUGACGUCAUCGAUAAUUUUCAAGACACAUGGAAAUCUUACCGUGUCCGCAUGACCCUAGAAAACACGGGCUCAAAGCCGAUUCCCAAUGGACCCUGGGCCAUCUAUCUCUGCCACAUCCGGGUUAUCGAGCCAGCUCACACAAAACACAAUCCCGAUGGUUACGUCAUUCCGGGUAGUCAUGGUAUCAAGGUGACGCACAUAGACGGAUGUCAACACAAGUUUGAACCAACUGCGACCUUCUCAGGCCUGGCUGGGUUCCAGUCCUUGGUGGUAGAUUUUGACGCUGAAAACUGGGACGUGGCAAGAACAGAUGUAAUGCCAAACUGGUAUAUCGCCGCUGAAGGAUUGCAGGCUCGCACGAUCACGAGCACCGCGGGCGAAGGUUUAUCUUUUGUUGGGCCGUUUGAUGCACCGAACAAAUGGAAGCGUAUAACCUCUGAUAGAUACGACCCUUACACUCCUCAGAAGCGGUAUUCCAUUAACGACAUAACAGAUUUGAAGAAACCUGGUCAGUUGAUCGUGCCCAGUCCCUCAGAGGUCAUCGGCUUGGAUGAGAUGAAAAAGAUCAACCUGGGGACUGGGGACUGGUCAAUUAUUGCUGGUGCAGAUUUAGGCAAUGAAGCUAGUUUCUUGGCAGGUAAACUGGGACUCCAGCUAAAUUAUUUGAGCGCUUUUCGAAAGUUACACUUGAACCUUGGCGAAGUCAAAAUCGGUGGCGUUAAAAACGACAACAGGGAGGCAUACAGUCUUCAAGUUGAUGCUAUAAAAAAUACCGUCACCAUAACAGGCAACUCAGCAAAGGGAGUGUUUUAUGGAGUCCAGUCCUUACUAAGCCUGUCCGAACCAGAUGGCCUGGUGCCUCACGUGACUAUCAAUGAUGCACCGCGGUACGAUUAUCGUGGCAUGGAGCUUGACGUUGGACGCAACUUCAUGCCGAAGAGCGAGAUUCUGAAGAUGAUUGAAGCCAUGGCCAUGUACAAACUAAACAAGUUUCACUUUCAUCUCACUGACGAUGAAGGAUGGAGGCUUGAGAUUCCCGGAUUACCGGAACUUACCGAGGUUGGAUCGAAACGUUGCCAUGAUAUAAAGGAAGAGAAGUGUCUCGGAUCUCAGCUCGGCUCAGGGCCUGGGACAGGCAACUCUGGUAGUGGCUUUUACACGGUGGAGGACUAUCGCGAGAUAUUACGAUACGCUGAAGAGAGGCAUGUGGAGGUCAUUCCGGAAUUCGACAUGCCUGGACACGGACAUGCUGCGAUUAAAGCGAUGCAGGCAAGGCAGAAGAAACAGGCAGCCAUGGGCAACUCGUUUGAGGCGGAUCAAUUCCUACUGUCGGAUCCACUUGAUCAAUCGGAAUAUCUUUCUGUACAGUUCUUUAAGGACAACGCCAUCAAUCCGUGUUUGGAGUCAACAUACGAGUUCUUGGAACACGUUGUGGCCAGUGUUAGACACAUGCAUCAUGAUAUCCAGCCCUUGAAGAUAUUCCAUUUCGGUGGAGAUGAAGUGGCUCAUGGUGCUUGGACCAAGUCCCCCGCUUGCAAACAGUUAGCGCAUAAACUGGGAAUGAACUUUACGAGUCCAACUAUUGUGAAGGACUUAAAAGAGUACUUCGUUCGCCGAGUGGCAGAUGUGUCUUCCAAGUACUGCCUUGAUCUUGGCGCGUGGGAGGACGGUGUUCUUGGAGUGAAGGACACACCUUAUGAUCGGAGCUUCCUCAAGAACAGGAACGUGUACGCUUAUGCCUGGGAUAAUGUGUGGGAAUGGGGACAAGGCGAUCGGGCUUACAAACUGGCAAAUGCUGAUUACAAGGUUGUUCUCACGCAAGCCACCCAUCUGUACUUUGAUCACCCAUACGAGCCGGACCCAGAGGAGAGAGGUUACUAUUGGGCGCCCAGAUUCAUUGACACCCGGAAGACGUUUGGCUUCAUCCCAGAUGACGUAUAUGCUAAUGCAGAUUUCACGAGGAUGGGAGAUCCCAUUGUUAACCUGUGCGAGGAAAUGUACAAAGGAAAAUGCGUUCCUCUUAAGAAACCACAAAAUAUUGCAGGCAUGGCUGGCGCCCUUUGGUCCGAAACUGUUCGAACACCAAGUCAGCUCCAAUCUAUGAUCUACCCACGACUGCUGGCACUGGCUGAGAGAGCCUGGCACAAGGCUUGUUUUGAGGGUGAAAUGGACAAAGUGAAACGCGAUCGAGUCAGGAAGAUAGAAUGGGAGGCUUUUGCUAAUACGCUUGGACACAAGGAGCUGGUGCGCUUGGAUAAGAUGAACAUUGAUUAUCAUAUACCUGUUCCUGGAGCGAGGAUUGUGGCACAAAAGCUUCAAGUCAAUUCCGCUUUUCCUGGUCUUACAAUCCAGUGCAGUACGGAUGGCGGUCAAUCGUGGAGUGACGUCAAAGAUGGCAUGACAGUUUCUGGUCGUUUAGUACUGGGAACAAGGUCAGCGGAUAGACGACGGGUUAGCAGGCUCGUGGAGAUUAAAGCUUAGCAAGUAGUGCAGUGAAGAAAACAAACAAGAGAGUGUAUUUGAGCAAAUAAAAUAAGCACAUGUAUUAAACAGAACGUUUGAGUCCUACAAUGACUUUCAGUUUAAUUAUUUGUAAGACUCCGAACUCUGUGGAAGACACUGAGUCAAAAAUGGCAGAUGAGAAAAGGCAGCGACAGGCCUGGGACGGGAUUAACUUGGAUCCCUGAUAUUAAGAGGAAUAGUAACUAUUGAAGAGCGAAGCAUUAACAAUAGUUUUUCUUCCCUCAUUCUCUAAGAUGGAAGUCGAUUAUCCGUGCUCAAUCGGUGCGAGUUUUGUAUCUGUCUGAUGAAAAAGAAGAUUUCUAAGUCGUGAGUUUGAUGUCGUUAUGAUGUUAUGUGUCUGUUAACACAUGUGUGAACAGCAUGGACAUAAAAAACAUAACAAAGAACCAAUCAGAGCGGCGCAAGAACUGUCGAACCCAGUCCGCCAUCAGCACUAUUGACAAAAUGGCGGCGACUAUGGUGGACAAGCACGAAUUAACUGUACGGUUCGUGAGAUCAGGAGGGUUAAUCCAGUUUACCUGAAAUAAUAUUCUCGAUCACCCACACUUAACUCUCUGACAAGGUUGUGGUGCUGGUCAUGUGCUCUCCUAGCUUCUUGUUGAAAGAUCGGACGGACCGACUUUUCUCUUCAAUUCUAGCAGCUUCUAGCAUUUUUUCCCUUUGCUUCUAGCAUUUUUUCCC